UUCUCCCCACUUUAGAACAUCUUGUAUAAAAUCAGCCACCUUUGACAGACAUGCGUCAGACACUGUUCAGAACUUUUGCCGUCGACAUGAAUGUGUAUUACAUGUUUGGAGUAAUUUUCGCCCUCUUCGUGGCGCUGGCUGGAGUGGCAGCCGUGGCCGAACCAGAGCCGGAACCAUCACCUGCUCGCUAUCGCAAACCCCACAAACCUCACAAACAUCACGGUUGAGGACAAGGACCGAUGACAUUUAAAUAUAAUGUAACACUAAUAUUCAAACAUCAAGAGAUAUUACCAAUGCUCUAAAUAUCUUCUCCUCACCCACGAAACUUAAUAAAUUCAAUUAUACAUCCA